GGGGAAAAAAAUCUAAAAGGAGAAAGUUUCUCGAAGUUUUCCACCUGCACUCCAAAUCUCUCGGCCGGCGGCGAAGACAACUCUAUAAUCCCUAAAAAUGGCCACUUCGCUCGCGACUUGUUCUCCGUCGCCUCCUCUCCUCCGUCAGCCCAUGUCUCUCCUGACCCGCUUCCGGAGAAGCUGUCUCCCCCCCUCCCUCGGCCUCGCCCGCCGCGCCCUCACUGCCGUCGUUGCCGCCGCCGUCAGACAGGACGCUGCGACCUGGACGCAGGCGCCCCUCAGCCUCGUCGCCCCCGCGGACGCGGACGCCUCCCUGUUCCACGUCGCCGUGGACGUCUCAGAGGCUCCCGAUCUCGCCGCAUCUUUCACCGCCCCGGGCCAGUACCUCCAGCUCCGCGUCCCUGAGGCCGAAAAGCCCGCCUUUCUCGCCAUCGCCUCCCCGCCAUCCUUCGCCUCCUCCCGCGGCGAGUUCCAAUUUCUCGUCAAGAGGUUCCCCGGCUCCACCGUCGACCUUCUGUGCGGGCUUGGGCGAGGGGACGUCGUCGAGCUGAGUGUGGUUAUGGGCAAGGGAUUUCCGGUAGGCCGCAUCUCGCCUCCCGAUGCCUUCCCCACCGUCCUCAUAUUCGCCACCGGAUCUGGAAUCAGUCCCAUUCGUUCACUCAUCGAGUCAGGUUUUGGUGCCACUGAAAGACAAGAUGUGAGACUUUACUAUGGAGCUAGAAACCUUAAGAGAAUGGCAUAUCAGGAGAGGUUCGAGGAUUGGGAAUCAACUGGAAUCAAAAUAAUACCUGUUUUGUCGCAACCCGAUGAAAGAUGGAGUGGCGAAAGAGGAUAUGUACAGGCGGCUUUUUCAAGAGCUAAAGAUAUACUAAAUCCUUCAUCAAUUGGUGCUGUGCUUUGUGGGCACAAACAAAUGGCUGAGGAUGUUACAUCGCAACUUGUGGCUGAUGGUGUAUCGAAGGAGACAAUCUUGAUGAACUUCUGAUCAAGGAGGGUGAGGCCCCUUUUGUUGUUGCAGCUGUUAUACAUAAUUCGUUAUCAGAUGCCACGAUCGCUUGACCGAAUUUGAAGUAGAAAAUAACAAGUUAUCACAAGUCGAUUUGUUCAUCCUUCUUAUUACAUGUAUUAAGUAUCUCCAUCGUGUAUGUUCUGAGAUGAAUUUUUUAGAUUUAUAUUUUGAUUAAAAUUGUUACGUGAGCUAGUACUGACCAAAAAUUUCAAGCAAUACAAUACUACUCUACUGAGCUUAUGAGAA